UUUCUGAGCGUGUACGGAAAUGACUACGACACGGCUGACGGGACUGCAGUGCGAGAUUACACUCACGUGUCGGAUGUGGCAGCCGCACACACCAAGCUAACCCUCCGACUGAUCGAGGGAAAAUUCAGUGGGUUCACUGCAUACAAUUUCAGUUAUGGUACUAGCUACUCAGUUUUGGAGAUGGUUGAGGCAUUCAAGAAUGUGUCUGGAGUGGAGAUCCCGUGCAAGAUAGAGCCGAGGAGGGAGGGAGACACCGCUCACAUGGUGUCAGACUGCUCCAAGGCUCUUCGAGACCUUGGCUGGAGAGCCACUAGGAAUCUAGACACAAUGU